AUGCAAAUCAUUCUCGACAAGAAACUGCGUACUGAAAACCUCGGUACCUUCACAUCCUUUGCCGACUUCGCACCACUCUCGAUUGAAAGUUUAUACUUACGGGGAGGACGGGGAGUGGGUAACACCGGCACGUCCGAGGACACGAAAGCCAGUGUAAAGAGCGCCUUCAAGCACCAAGCGGCGCAUCGAGGCCGACAAAGGACCGCUACCGAGGUCGCUGCGUGUUCCAAGGCCCCAACAAAACCCUCCACGUUGCGUCAACAUUAA